AUGCAUCUUCAAGCCCUCAUGAGAAGGCUUCAUACAGCCAUCAACAGGCCCUUGACGAACGACCAAUACACAGUCGGCUGGAUCGCCGCGCUCCCCCACGAGGCCGUUGCUGCGAAAGCCGCUCUAGACCAGUUCUACGGACGGGCGCCGCUCACCAAGAAUGCGGCAGACCAGAAUUCCUACAUCCUCGGCCGCAUCGGCGAUCACAAUGUGGUCAUCGCCUCACUCCCUGGCGGCGUUAUGGGGACGACUGCCGCCGCCACCGCUGCGAUGCAUAUGCUCUCAAGCUUUCCUUCAUUGCGUAUUGGCCUUAUGGUAGGCAUCGGAGCCGGUAUCCCGAAAGUCAAGAGAGAUAGGAAAACGAACAGAUACCGCGAACUUCGCGAUAUCCGUCUGGGCGACGUUGUCGUCAGCCAGCCCGGCGGCGGACUUGGAGGGGGUGGCGUGUACCAGUACGACCUCGGAAAGGCCGUCGUUGGUGGCGAGUUCCGACCAACAGGCUUCCUGAACAGCCCACCUAGGGCGCUCCUUAACGCCGUCAGCGUGCUUAGGCAACUGCACGAGGCUGGAGAAAGCAGGCUGCCGCAUCUCCUAAACGAAAUGCUCCAGAAGCUCAGCAAUGCGAGACCGUCUUAUGCCUUUCCUGGACGGGAACUUGACCGGCUUUUCGACGCGGCGUAUCCGCACCCAGAAGGUGAGGAAGACUGCGACGACUGCCUCGAGGACAUGGAAAUCGACCGUGCGGAACGCUCGUCUGUUGACCCAGUGCUGCACUGCGGCGUCAUUGCUUCCGGGAACCUAGUCGUCAAGGAUCCCGCUAUAAGAGACCGCUUCAGUGAUUGCAUCUGCUUCGAGAUGGAGGCCGCGGGGCUGAUGAAUGACUUCCCCUGUCUCGUAUUCCGUGGGAUAUGCGACUAUGCGGACUCGCAUAAGAACGAUGGAUGGCAGAGGUAUGCUGCCGUCGCUGCAGCAGCAUGCGCUAAGGAGGCAUUGCUGGAAAUGCCGAAGGUCGAGGUCGAGGGCGAGCGGCUGGCGAGAGAGGUUUUGCAGGUUGCGCAAACGGGUGCGUUCUUGCCUCCUUCGUACCAAGCGUGA